AUGGACGUUGACGAUUCAGCCGUCGAUCUCAGCGUGAGCAGGUCUUUGCCGCCUGAACUAAGUGAGUUAAGAGCUCUCACUGCCAGCGGAUUGACCAUAACACCAGCACAGCCACCACCUCAUGGUGCGGCUGGUAAAAGGGUGCUACGCCCUCGCGCGGAUCAGCGAAGUUACGCGGAGAGCCCUGACAUAGUGUUGCUACCUGCCGACCCUCCGCAUAGAAAACCUGCGUUGCCAGCUCCAUCACCAUUCACUGAUGUUAGCAGCAAGUUGAAUACAAACGUCAACCUUUCUAUAACGGCCAGCGAGUGUGUGAGGGACCCCAUGGAUGAUGAAGAAUCUGACGGAGAGAAUGAGCCGCCUCUACCUACACCCGCACAUAGGGAGCUAUCCAGUGCUGAGAUAUGGGAACGUGAGCGUCGUUUGAGAUCACUACGAGAAAAGUUGAGGGCCGAGGAAACGAGGCUUGUGCUACUGAGGAAGUUGAGGCAGUCACAACAAGCUACCGUUACUACUACUAAGGAAUCCGUAUGCCCAUCUCCCGGUACUGCCCUGGCCGGAAGCGGAUGUGUCGUACCUCCAGGGGUGACAGUCACCCCCGCCCCGCCACCCGCGCACCAACACACCAAGCGCGGCAGUGUGUCGGGCGCCGCUGGCAACUUGUCCACAGCGAGACGCACUGCCAGCCUGCCAGGGGGCGCCACGCUCACACCCGGCCCGUAUAGGACUCAGUCGUCAGGGGGCGCUAGCAUCACUCCAUCAGUGACGAUCACACCGGCGCCGCCCCCGACACACGCACACAACAACAACAACACUACGAACAACAAUAAGGCUAGUUCCCGUAGUUCCGAAGACCCGCAGACCCCGGCGCAGAGGCAGGCGGCUGCCAAGCUGGCGCUGAGGAAACAGUUGGAGAAGACGCUGCUACAGAUCCCCCCUCCCAAGCCUCCCCCGCCGGAGAUGAACUUCAUCCCUUCUCCAAGUAACACGGACUUCGUGUAUCUGGUCGGCUUGGAGCACGUGGUUGACUACCUCACUAAUGAGGAUCGUAUGCCUCGCUCGUCAGUACCCGCUGUAUGCGCUCAAUGCGGCUGUGACUUCACGGCCGUGUGGCGUUGGGAGCGAGCCCCGGCGCGCAGGCAGGACGCGACCUUCCCCGCGCCUCACACGCACACGCCGCGACGACUGUGCGAACUGUGCGUCUCUGGGAAUGUUAAGAGGGCGCUUAAGGCGGAGCAUACAGCGAGGCUGAAGACGGCCUUCGUGCGUGCGUUACAACAGGAGCAGGAGAUAGAGAGACGACUGGCCGCGCCCAGCCCGCCGCCACAAGCAGCCACCGCCGCCCCGCCGCCCGCACACACGCACCACCACAGGGGACAGACGAUGUCAGUGUCUCGUUCGUCAAGUCGCGCCAGUGUGUCUUCUAGCGCGUCGCCAGCGGCCAAGCCACAGCCGCCGCCUGCCAGUAGUAGCCGCAGUCUGAACACUCCGGAGUCGAGAGGCCAUCAUGCUGAGCGGGCUAGGGAUAAUGAUGGGAACAAUAAGAAAGGGUCUUCAUCAAGCACUAGCAGCCAAGGAAGUAGCAAACAACAUCAACUGGCAGCAGCUGCGGCCGCUCAGAUGGCCUUCGAGCAGCAGAGCGCGGCCGCCAUGCAGGCCUUGCAGCACCAGUUACUGAGAGGUCUAAGCGGUGCGGGCGGGACGGGCGGUGUGUCUCAAGCGGCGGCCGCGGCGGCUAUGAUGCAGUUCUCUCCAUUGCUGUAUACAUACCAACUGGCUAUGGCGCAGGCUAGCGCUCUGGGCAAGAGAUCUGGUAAAGGUUCAAGUAACGCAGCUAUGGCCGCUGAGAUGCAACGCGUAGCCGAGGCUCAAAGACAAUACUUACUGGAUAUGAUUCCCGGACAACACGCGCGCAAUCCAUGGACUAAGAACUAG